CACAGAACGGAAGCAGAAGACGAGCAAGAAGAAGCUCACACGUGUGUCCAACAUGUCUGCCCACCGUGUUGUUGUGUGUUGAUAUUUCACGAGCCGUUUUAUUUAAUCGUCUGCUCAGUAAAGUUAAUCGUAGCGCAGCUUAAAAGAGCCUUUAAGCUUCAGCAUGGCCCAGAGAAAGAAGAAACUGACGAAGAAGAAGAGACACACGGCCAACAGAGAGCCGGAGGCUGACUCUGACAGCGGAGACUUUGAACUGGCUGCUGAAAUUAAAGACGAUGAUUCUCCCGGGAGGAAACUGCCGCGGUUCCCUGCCUCAUCAGAGUGCCUGUCCGAUGUGGAGCCCGACACCAGGGAGCUGGUCAGAGCCCAAAACAAGAAGAAAAAGAAAUCUGGAGGUUUUCAGUCCAUGGGUCUCAGUUACCCUGUAUACAAAGGGGUCAUGAAGAAGGGUUAUAAAGUCCCAACUCCAAUCCAAAGAAAGACUAUCCCAGUGAUUUUGGAUGGCAAGGAUAUAGUAGCCAUGGCCAGGACUGGCAGUGGUAAGACAGCUGCCUUCCUGGUUCCUAUGUUCGAGAAGCUGAAGGCCCCUCAAGCCCAAACAGGAGCCAGGGCCCUCAUCCUGACCCCCACCAGAGAGUUAGCCCUGCAGACCAUGAAGUUCACAAAGGAGUUGGGAAGAUUCACCGGCCUCAAGACUGCCUUGAUCCUUGGUGGAGAUAGAAUGGAUGAUCAGUUUGCUGCUCUUCAUGAAAACCCUGACAUAAUCAUCGGUACCCCCGGUCGUCUCAUGCACGUCAUCAAGGAGAUGAACCUGAAGCUGCAGAGCGUGGAGUAUGUGGUGUUUGACGAGGCUGACAGGUUGUUUGAAAUGGGUUUCGCUGAGCAGCUUCAGGAGAUCAUCCGGAGGCUUCCAGACACCAGACAGACUCUGCUGUUCUCUGCCACUCUGCCCAAACUGCUGGUGGAGUUCGCCAGAGCCGGACUGACAGAACCAGUGCUGAUUCGUUUGGAUGUGGAUUCUAAGCUCAGUGAUCAGAUUAAGCUGUCAUUUUUCCAUCUGCGUGUGGACGACAAGCCGGCAAUGCUGCUUCAUCUCCUAAGGAAUAUCGUGAAGCCUCAGGAGCAGACGGUGGUCUUUGCAGCCACCAAACACCAUGUAGAGUACCUGAAGGAGUUGCUUUCUUCAGAAGGUUUGGAGUGUGCCUACAUCUACAGCGCCCUCGAUCAGACUGCCAGAAAGAUCAACAUAGGGAAGUUUGUGCAUCGGAAAGCCAUGGUGCUACUUGUGACAGAUGUUGCUGCUCGUGGUAUAGACAUCCCCCUGCUGGACAACGUCAUCAACUACAACUUCCCCUCUAAGGCCAAGCUCUUCUUGCACAGAGUUGGCCGUGUGGGACGUGCGGGGCGCAGUGGCACGGCCUACAGCUUGGUCUGUCCAGAUGAGAUGCCUUUUGUCUAUGACCUUCACCUCUUCCUUGGAAGGCCUGUUCAGCUUGCCACACCUGAACACACACAAGAUUCAGAUGGUGUGUUCGGUCGGGUCCCUCAAAGUAUCCUCGAUGACGAAGGCUCUCAUCUCAUCACCGCUCAUGAAAACUCGCUGGACCUGCAGAACCAUCGUCGUGUGUCAGAGAACGCCUACAAGCAGUACCUCAAGUCCAGACCAAACCCCUCGCCGGAGUCCAUCAGGCGGGUCAAAAACACAGAUCUGUCCAACAUGGCUGUCCAUCCAUUACUAGGGUCAGGUUUGGAGAAAAUGGAACUGGAGCGCCUUCAAAUAGUUGAUGCCAUCAAGGGCUACAAAUCCAAAUCGACUAUCUUUGAAAUCAACUCCAACAGUAAGACACAGGCCAGCGAGGUGAUGCGGACCAAGCGCUCCAAGGACACACGGCUGGUGGACAAAUUCAGCAAACGGAGAGAGGACCUGGCUGCAGAGAGCCACCUGCAUCGGCCCGUCAACCCCACCACUGCUGAUGCAGACAGCGACAAUGAUGAUUUCACACAUAGCACAGGCAACGAGGAAGACACUCUGAAGGGGGUGUUCUCUGCAGUGGUAGGUGGAAAGAGAAGAGGCCCGCGGGAAGAUGAGGGAGAACGGCCAAAGAACAAGAAAAGCAAACAGACUGGUAAAGAUGAGGAGUAUUACAUCCCCUACAGACCCAAAGACUUCAACUCUGAGAAAGGAUUAAGUCUUGGCGGAGAGGGCACUGCUUUUGAGCAGCAGGCCUCCUCAGCUGUCCUGGACCUUAUGGGAGAUGAAGGAGACCAGUUAAACCAGCACAAAAAAAUAAUGAAAUGGGACCGCAAGAGAAAGCGCUUCGUGAGGGACACAGGAAAGGAAGACCAGAAGAAGAAGAUCAGAAUAGAUGGCGGCCAGGUCAUCAGUAACAAGAAGAACAAGAAGAACUUUUACGAGGAGUGGAAGAAAAAAUACAGGGUGGAUGACGGAGGGUCUGGCUCAGAUGGAGAAACAGGAGGAGGAGGGAGGAGGCCUGGAGGAGGUCGCGGCCGUGGCCGUCGCGGUCCUAACUUCCAGAGCCCCACGAGACCGCUAAAGCAGACGCCCGGUGGCCGCAGAGUGCACUCAGAGCUGAAGACGAGGGAGCAGAUCCUGAAGCAGCGCAAGAAAAAGCAGAAGCACCAGUUCCUGCAGAGCGGAGGGCUGAAGAAGCUCCGCACCAAGAACAGACAGUGGCUCGGAGAAGUUAAGAAGUCAGGGUUUGGACGGGGCGGGCAGAAGAAAGGCAAGAUGAAGAAGAGACUGUGAGGGGGAGCGAUAGCAGAGGGAUGAUUCUGUGAGAGACUGGAGAUCGAGGACACCACGACGGGCCAAAUGAUGAGUACCAGUUGGGUCCCAGUCCACCUCAAGAGUUUUCACGGUGCCUCAUAUGAUUGUGGACUGAUGGAGAAGAAAAGCUGAAGAAUGCAUUUCUAGAGAUGCACCUCAUCUUCUUCCCCUUCAUUGCUUACUGAACUCUAUAUUUGUCACAGAGUAAGAAGAUGAGUGAUCCAAUGAACUGGAUUUUUUCUUUUAAGUGUGUUCAUCAGAAUAAUCUGCUUAAAUGAAUUUGAGUACUGAAAUAUGUCUAUACACACUAUUAACUGAUGCAAAAUACAAAUGUUAAUAACUUA